GUAGUGACCGAAGGCUGUGUGAAUGGUAUCAAUACAUCACUUGUGUUCACGGAGCCUCCUCCAUGUUUGCGAAAAUAUAAUACACCAUUAGACUAUGUUGUGGACAGCUUUUUAACACCGCAAUCUUCUGCUGCUAACAACAUGAAGCUCUUGCAGAGGCUUGAGCCAGCUGUUCUGCUGAUGACCGCUUUUCAAGUUGUCGACGAUUUUAUGGAUAUUCGAAGUAUUGGUAAAAAGCGUUGGUGGCAAGUCUUGUUAAGCAACUGGCCUCAAUCGUUUUUGCGCUAA